AAAAAUAAAAUAAAAAUACGGAUUGCACUGGAGACUAGCCGGUAGCAGUUAGCGGUUGCUCAAAGCAACUUAUCUAACUAUUUUACUAACAGUAACAUCUUGUUAGUUGCAAUGGCAAUAGAAACAGUGUCUCUAGUCUCGCUGGCAUCGUGCGCCUUGUUUGCAACGUUAUCUGUUGUAUUAGGGCAUUUUGUUCUUGGUAAAAAUGUGCGCUCAAUUGAACGAUGGGUUCUUACCUGGAUGGUAUACGACGCUUUAACGCAUUUCUUAUUGGAGGGACCUUUUGUUAUCUUCUCCUUGGCUGGAAGUGUCAAUGCGUCAGAGAGCACCCUCAGUUUACUUUGGAAAGAGUAUGGAAAAGCAGACUCAAGAUGGCUUUACUCCGAUCCUACAAUCGUAUCAUUAGAGAUUUUGACAGUAGUCCUGGAUGGUCUCUUGUGUUUGGUGGUCAUUGCUGGCAUUAUGACAAAAGGCUACUACCGUCAUUUCGCACAAGUCGUUUUGUGUGUUUGUGAAUUGUAUGGAGGUUGGAUGACCUUCUGCCCUGAAUGGCUGAGCGGCAACAAGAACCUAAACACAAGUUCAUUCUUGUAUCUCUGGAUCUAUCUGAUACUCAUGAAUGGAAUCUGGGUUGUUGUGCCAGCUCUCCUGUUGAUUCAGUCCUGGUAUGAGAUGAAAGAUGCAUUCACUCUGAAGGCUGACGCUGACGGCAGGUCAAGGCAAGACCGAAGAAAUGAUGAUAAGUCCUCUUCUUCAGCCAGUGCAAGAAAGAGAAAGGAUCGAUAAGUUGCUUCACCUGGUAGCAUGUUAGUGCUACACUUAUCUUGAAAUGUUUUCAUAAUGUAUGCUGGCAUUAAGCGAAGCCAUGACCCAUGCAAUGAACGGUCAUAAAGUUCACAUUUUAUUAAUGAAAAAAAACAAGAGAGGAGGGAAAGAAAGGGUAAUAAUUUGUUUAUUUUAGAUUUUGUAAAUGCAUUAAUGAAUUACUGAGUAGAGGGACCUAUGCUAGUUCUGAAUUGAUCAGAUUCUCUCAUAUCGUGUUCUGAUGAGUGCAUUUAAGUGAAAAGUUUAUAUUUUAAAAAUAUUUUCAAUAUUUACUAUUGAAUUGAAAUGUUCAGUUUCCUUUUCUUGGGUCUCAUAGAAAUAAUUUUAAUCAAACGUAGAAAAAUAAUUAAAAAAAAAACUGCUAGUAUUUGUUUAGAAGAACAUUCAACUUGGCACAUUUUAAAGUAAAAAUAGUUAACUAGCAUAAAAAAGUGUUGUUUUAUCCUAAAGUUACACACAAAGAAAAUACUUAUUGUUGUUCCCCAUGUAGAAACAGAAUGAAAUUAAAAUACUAGUAAAUCUAGCUGUAUUUUAGUGGUGUACUGUGUUUUAAUUUCUGUUUUGCAUUGCCAGGAAAACAUCUGCAUAAACGUGUUAGCAUGUCAUGACAACUACUCGGUCAUUUCCCUUAGAAUGUCACACGUUUAAUUGUUUAUCGUAGGGGCUAUUAUGUUUUUAAUUUUCUUGUUUGACGGUAUUGGAGUUACGUUGAUUUAUUCAUAUGUUACAUUUAUCAGCAGUUAAUAAACUGAACAUUUUGAUUUUAAAUGAAAUGUUACAUUUGGUUAUCUGUUCUUUGUGUGUUUGUAUGUGAAAAUGUUUGUGUUUGAUUUAGAAAACUAAAUUUAUUUAGGUUUUAUGAUAUUGUUUUUUUUUUCUGCAUUUUUAAUUUCUAAUCUGAUUGAAAUGUGAUUAAAAAAAAUUUAAGUUGCAAAUUCAUCUCGGUUUCCAUUACAUAAUGCAACAGACUUCAUUCUAAAGAAUGAUUAUAUUAAUUAUUAUAUUUUAAUUGAAGCUGUACAAAAAAUGUGAAUCUAUGCCAAGUUUUUUUUUUGUGCAUCCAGUCUACGGAAAUAGGAUUCAUUCAUAAGCAGCAAAGUAUUUUUUAAAAAAAUAAUAAAUUUUGUGCACUUUUAGUGAUUUUGAUAAGUUAGAAACUGAUCUUUCAAAACGGCAUCUUAGAUAUUUUGUCUAUUUGGAAAUUCUUUACUUUCCAGUUUGCAUUACAUCUCAACAUUUCUUUAUAUUGCUUUCCUUUCUUUUUCUCCCUUACUCUAAGUGGAAACCAACAGAGUAAUGUCAGUAACUUUAUAAAAAUAAAAUGUGAUAUGCAUUAAUUUUUUUUCUAAGUUUUUGUUUUUAUAAUAGAGUGUGGAUGUAAUCACAAAGAAGGCAAAUUGAAAAUGUUUAAAGAAAGGUGAGAAGUGUGCUGCUUCUCAUCAUAUGAUUUCUUCAAUAGCCGCCGAGUGUUCUUGUUCAUUCUUCACAUUCUCAUGUCGUAAUUAAAUUCAAUGUCUCCUCUCACAUGAUCAACAAUCUGAUUCUAUGUUUAAGUUUUAGUUUGCAUUGAAUUUUGUGCAUGUUGCAAGUAUUAAAUUGAAAUGCAUUUUA